AUGGCCCAUGACUGCUCCGGUCAGUCCCAGAGCGAUGGCAUCGGCCUGGAUGGCGCCAGCGUUGGAGCAGCCAUGUCCGUCCAACCCGCCGCUUCGCGUGGGGAGACCUGCAGCUACUGCGGCGGCAGCGGCAGCGACGUGUACGUGAACAGCAACGUCCAAGGCGUCACCAACUCCGUGCUGGUCGGGUGCACCGUCGUCGUGAAGGACGCCGGGGCAAGAUGCCGGUUCCUCCGCCGCGGCGGGGGAGGAGGCGCGCUGUGCACCAGACGGCCGCGACACCGGCGCGCUGCGAGACAUCUCUGGCGCCCGUACCUCCCCGCCGCGCUCCUCCUCAUGUGGGCUCUCGUGGGUUUCCUAUGCUGGAAAUUACCAUCAAGUGAACCCCGAGAAAAUCGUCUGAAUCCCCUUCCAUGCAGAAAUCUCUAA